AUGGCGUCGUGGUCGUCGCCCUCCGCCGCCGCCGCCGCGGCCGCCGCGGCCUCCUCGGGCGCCCGAUUCGGCGUCCUCCCCGGCCCGGCGCAGCGGCAGCCCCUCCCGUCCCCGUCGCUCCCCCGGGGAGGACCUAACUCCCGGCUCGUCCUCACCCGCGGCCCGGGGUUCCUCACGCGCAUCGGCUCCGCUUCCGUUUCCUCAUCCGCGCGGUGCCGCGCCGUCGCCGCCGAGGUCGAGGGCCUCAACAUCGCCAACGACGUCACCCAGCUCAUCGGCAAGACGCCAAUGGUUUAUCUUAACAACAUCGUUAAGGGCUCUGUCGCCAAUGUUGCUGCUAAGCUCGAGAUUAUGGAGCCAUGCUGCAGUGUCAAGGACAGGAUAGGAUACAGUAUGAUAAACGAUGCUGAGGAGAAGGGCCUGAUUACUCCCGGAAAGAGUGUUUUGGUGGAAGCUACAAGUGGAAAUACAGGCAUUGGUCUUGCCUUUAUUGCUGCUUCUAAGGGAUAUAAGUUGAUAUUAACAAUGCCUUCAUCAAUGAGUAUGGAGAGAAGGGUCCUACUCAGAGCUUUUGGUGCUGAACUUGUCCUUACUGAUGCUGCAAAAGGGAUGAAAGGGGCCUUAGACAAGGCUACGGAGAUUUUAGAUAAGACUCCCAAUUCAUACAUGCUUCAGCAGUUUGAUAACCCUGCCAACCCAAAGGUACAUUAUGAGACUACUGGGCCAGAAAUCUGGGAGGAUUCAAAGGGGAAGGUGGAUAUAUUCAUUGGUGGAAUUGGAACAGGUGGUACGAUAUCUGGUGCUGGCCGUUUCCUGAAGGAGAAAAAUCCUGAAAUUAAGGUUAUUGGUAUCGAGCCUUCUGAAAGUAACAUACUCUCCGGUGGAAAACCUGGUCCACAUAAGAUUCAGGGAAUUGGGGCCGGAUUUGUUCCUAGGAACUUAGAUAGUGAUGUUCUUGAUGAAGUAAUUGAGAUAUCAAGUGAUGAAGCUGUUGAGACAGCAAAGCAGUUGGCAGUUCAGGAAGGAUUAUUGGUUGGAAUCUCUUCUGGAGCGGCCGCUGCUGCUGCCAUAAAAGUUGCCAAGCGACCAGAAAAUGCUGGAAAGCUGAUAGUGGUUAUAUUCCCAAGCUUUGGUGAGAGGUACCUUUCGUCCGUCCUCUAUCAGUCGAUAAGAGAAGAAUGCGAGAACUUGCAGCCUGAGCCAUGAGUGAGCCCUCGGUCUUAACAGCAUAAUAAAUGUUUCUGAAAUAAGAUGCUUGGUCAGCAUUAGUGCCUCUGAGAAGUGUUACACCACUCCACUUGGCAUCAUCUGGCGCUAUCAUCCUUUUGCCACCACGAUAAGAAUUAGUGAGGCGUGUGGAGAAACAUACAUGACUCUCCAACUGUUUUCCCCCCUUUAGCAAAACAGAAACAAUUCGUACAUGUCUAUACGAUUCGGCCUGAUUUGAUUGGCAACUGUAAUCAUCAUCUUCUUGUCCAUGGAUUUUUAAAGUUAUCAAACCAGUGUCAGUUGGCUGAGGCAGGUGGAUAUGUUGUGUUCUUUUCUGUGUGUAUGUAUCACUACCAUGCAUCUCAAACAAGUGUCAACUGGGCCGAA